ACACAUCUUUUUCCCUGAAGUCUCUGUUACUGUAGAUCGACUGUACGUUGAGGUGGAAAGGCAUGACGCUGGUUUAAGUGACUGAUGGACACUGACAUCCUUUAAAUUAACGUUUACUGCUGUGAGGACGUGGACCUGAGAAAUAACUGUUACAGCAUGUGGAAACAUCUGGAAGGAUAGAAACUGAACCUGCAGCGCAGAAUGAGAACAACAACAAAAGGAUCUUAACCAACUUGAUUUCAGCAGAGUGACGAUGGACCGGAGCAGCACCCCGUCUUAAUGUCAGCAGAGCCAAUCAUGGACGAGUUGGGCAUCGCCGAUCAAGGCAGGAAAGAAACCUCGACCACCCAGCCAGGAUUCUCCCAGGCGGACCCCGCUCUGUUUUACCCCCCUCCUCUCUCCCCGGACCCGGGCAGCCCGCUGACUCACCUGGGGACGCUGCUGGCCGGACACGACGCACCGAGGACCGGCGGAUGGGACAGGAGGCUGGACCUGGGGUUUCAAGGCUCUCAGUUACAGGGAAUAACGAGGGAACCAGUAAGAGAGGCUCACGCAGACCAGACUGUUACCAUCCUGCACGCCAAGGUCGCUCAGAAGUCCUACGGCACCGAGAAAAGGUUCUUCUGCCCUCCCCCCUGUGUUUACAUCAGCGGCCAUGGAUGGAGAGUCAUGCAGGACCAUCUGAAAGCCGCUGGCUGCAGAGACUCUGUGUAUCGAGUGUGUGGUUACAUGUGUCUGGACAACGCCAGUCAGUCUCAGGCAGACACAUUCAAACUGGUCUUCGAUGAGCAGCCAAACUCCAGGAUGUUUGCCUGUGCCAAGUCUCUGUUCAUCUCUGAUCAGGACAAGAGGAAACACUUCUGCCUGCUGCUGCGACUCUUCUUGGGCAGCCGACAGGAAGUGGGUUCGUUCCAGAGCCGGAUGAUCAAAGUCAUCUCCAAACCGUCCCAGAAGAGGCAGUCCAUGAAGAACGCCGACCUGUGUAUCUCAUCGUGCUCCAGAGUAGCUUUGUUCAACCGUUUACGCUCGCAGACGGUCAGCACUCGUUACCUCUCGGUGGACAGAGGAGCUUUUAUAGCCAGCGCCAGACAGUGGACCGCCUUCACCAUCACCCUGGUGGAGGAGCAUCGUGCUGACCGAGGGGACUAUGUGCUGAGCGAGGGCUUCAUCUGUUACGGCCGUGUGGUCCAGUUAGUGUGCACUGAGUCAGGAGUCGCUCUGCCACUUAUGGUGAUCCGUAAGGUCAACAAGCAGCACGCCAUCCUGGACGUGGACGAGCCGGUCUCCCAGCUCCACAAGUGUGCUUUCCAGUUCCGAGACGACCCACACUCCUACCUGUGUUUAUCCAACGACACCAUCAUACAGCACCAGGCCCCGUCCAGCGGCAGAGACCAGGGCAGAGUGGUCCUGAACGACGGUUCCUGCUGGACCAUCAUCGGAGUGGAAGCAGUGGAGUUCACCUUUAAUCAGGGUCCCGCCUGCAUCCAGACACCAGUUACUCCUUUUCCUGUCAUGACCGGGUUAGAGGUGAACGGUGGAGGACACGUUGCCAUGUUGGAGAUCCAGGGAGAAAACCUCAGCCCUCAUCUCAAGGUGUGGUUCGGAAACAGCGAGGCUGAGACGAUGUUCAAGUCUCCCAAAUCUCUGCUCUGCGUCAUCCCUGACGUCUCCGCGUUCAGUGACGGCUGGCGCUGUCUGCGACGCGUCAUCACCGUCCCUCUGUGUCUCAUCCGAUCGGACGGCCUGAUCUAUCGCACGUCCUUCAGUUUCACCUUCACCCCGGAGCUCCAGCCGCCGCCGCCGGCCAUCCGGGGAGCGGCAGGAGGAGGGAAAAGAGACGGAGGGUUGGAGGGAGACGAGCAGGACGACAGCCUGCUGGAGACCAUCCAUCAGGAGUUCACCAGAGCCAACUUCCACCUCUUCAUGCAGAGUUAGCUCACUGAGUCCUCAGGUGAUUAUCUGGAGCAAAAGUCUGAUUAUAAGCUAGAAACUGUUUUGGAUCAAUGCUGGUCUCGUGUCAAUGAGCUGUGUGCAACUUUUGCCCCAUUGUGAAGUACCGGAUAUGAAGGGUUUUUUUUAUUGUCAGGGACAGGGUUUCACAACAAAAUUCAAUUGUAGUCCCUUUAUGCUACACAAUUAAAACAAAACAAACAGAACUGUG